UGACCCAAAUAUCACGUGACGAGUCCGUGAGCGGCGGCGGCGGCGGCGGCGCUUGUGAGUCCCGGUCCCUCCCAGCGCGGCCUCCCCGCCCCGCCCGGCCCGGCCCGGCCCGGCGGCCCCGGCAGGAGAACCCAGCUGACAAGGCUGUCGUGUUAUGACGACCCCCAACAAAGGAAACAAGGCCUUGAAGGUGAAGAGGGAGCCAGGCGAGAAUGGGACCAGCCUGACAGAUGAGGAGCUGGUGACCAUGUCUGUGCGAGAGCUGAACCAGCAUCUGCGGGGCCUGUCGAAGGAGGAGAUCAUCCAGCUGAAGCAGCGUCGGCGCACGCUGAAGAACCGGGGCUACGCGGCCAGCUGCAGAGUGAAGCGCGUUACCCAGAAGGAGGAACUGGAGAAGCAGAAGGCAGAGCUGCAGCAAGAAGUGGAGAAGCUGGCCUCGGAGAACGCCAGCAUGAAAAUGGAACUUGAUGCUCUCCGCUCCAAAUACGAGGCUCUCCAGAACUUCGCCAGAACCGUGGCCCGGAGCCCCGUGACCCCUGCGCGGGGGCCUCUCGCUUCCAGUAUGGGGCCCCUCGUCCCUGGCAAGGUUGCUACUACUAGUGUCAUCACAAUAGUGAAAUCCAAAACGGACGCCCGGUCUUAGUGAAGCGAGCGUUGCCUGAGCUUGUCUGUGCAGGGCAGUUAGGCACAAAACCAGCCUGGAAUCCCCAAAGCACAAGCCCUCCCCACAUGGGUCCGGGUUCCUUUGACUUGGCCCAGGACUGGCCUGCUGAUCGCUCCAGUUUAUUUUGUUGUGUCCAGAUUGGUAUGAGCAGUGGUGAUGCAUCCCUUGUCCUGUGCAGACAGAGCUUCCCACCCAGCAGUCUGUAGCCCUCGGGUGCCCUGGGGACAGACUGUGAGAUUUUGGUUUACUACCCAAAGAAAAUCUGUGCAGCGUGGCUGAGAGAAGGGUGGAGGAGUGGCCCAAGGAAAGCUUUCUUCCUGGGGGCUGGGAACCCUAAUUUUUGGUCACUUCCAAAGGCUUUAUUUCAUGACUCUUCCAGGUGGUGCAUCUCAGCGCCUGAACCUGCUGCUUUCGUCUCCUUUGGUACCUGUAGUUACACUUGGGGUGUUCUGUGUCAUAGGUUUUAUUCCUUUCUAGGUGUGCCUCUGUGCCCUAACCGUGGGUUUCCCUCAGACGUCCAUGCCGUUAGCUGUGUAGAGUGGCAGUGCUGGGAGGACGGCGCUGCCGUGUCCUGCCCGUGCCCUGAGCCCCGCGGGGCCCAGCGCCGCGAGGGAAGAAGGGAGCAGCGGUACCGCGUUGACUGCAGGCCGGUUUUGUGCCUAAUGCGUUGCACUGAACAAGACCAAAAUCACUAGUUGUUCCCGUGUUUUGAGGGUAUCGAGUGUCUCUAGUGUGAUGGUUUACACAACCAGUUUAUGUGGUUAAAUAGCCCUUUAUUUAAAGAGAGAAACAUCAUUUUAAGAAUUAUUAAAUUAUCUAAGUUUCAAAUUGGACAGAAGAGAGAGCGUAUUUAUAGUCAGCUUUUUUACCUGAGAAGGCGAGAAUAUUUGACCAUAUGAGUGGGGAAAUAUUCUCAGAGACUUUGCUAGUUAAAAGUUAAUAAAUAAAUAAUUUUAAAGUUUCUCAUGAACCUCCCGCAAACUGUUUGUGGCUCUGAGGUUAGUUUUUAUAAAGAGUUAUCAGACUUUAUUUAUAAAACUUAGAAAAAGACAAAAAAAGAGGCAA